GUCAGAAUGAGUACAGAUGGCUACCCAUGUAAGGAGGGUUAUAUUUUUGGGUACAGCUGCACCGCAUUAGUGAUAAAGUCAGCUCUCGGCACUCGACAUUUCUCAAUUGUUGCUUGCUCUUCGGCGCAAACGGAUUUGUUGGUUUGUUUUUUUAGGUCGUAAAGUAACUCGAAAAAAGUCAAAAUGUGUGACGAUGAUGUAGCAGCUUUAGUCGUAGACAAUGGAUCCGGUAUGUGCAAAGCCGGUUUCGCCGGUGAUGACGCACCCCGUGCUGUAUUCCCGUCCAUCGUCGGUAGACCCCGUCAUCAGGGUGUCAUGGUCGGUAUGGGCCAAAAAGACAGCUACGUCGGUGACGAAGCCCAAAGCAAAAGAGGUAUCCUCACCUUGAAAUACCCCAUCGAACACGGUAUCAUCACCAACUGGGAUGAUAUGGAAAAAAUCUGGCAUCACACUUUCUACAACGAACUCCGUGUCGCUCCCGAAGAACACCCCAUCUUAUUGACCGAAGCCCCAUUGAACCCAAAGGCCAAUCGUGAGAAGAUGACCCAAAUCAUGUUCGAAACUUUCAACACACCCGCCAUGUACGUCGCCAUCCAAGCCGUACUUUCCUUAUACGCUUCCGGUCGUACCACCGGUAUCGUUUUGGACUCCGGAGAUGGUGUAUCUCACACCGUACCCAUCUACGAAGGUUACGCUUUACCUCAUGCUAUCCUCCGUUUGGACUUGGCUGGACGUGAUUUAACCGACUACUUGAUGAAAAUCUUAACCGAACGUGGUUACAGUUUCACCACCACUGCUGAAAGAGAAAUCGUACGUGAUAUCAAGGAAAAAUUGUGCUACGUCGCUUUGGACUUCGAACAAGAAAUGGCCACCGCUGCUGCUUCCACCUCAUUGGAAAAAUCCUACGAAUUACCCGACGGUCAAGUCAUCACCAUUGGUAAUGAAAGAUUCCGUUGCCCCGAAGCCUUAUUCCAACCUUCCUUCUUGGGUAUGGAAUCUUGCGGUAUUCACGAAACCGUCUACAAUUCCAUCAUGAAAUGCGACGUAGAUAUCAGAAAGGACUUAUACGCCAACACUGUACUCUCCGGAGGUACCACCAUGUACCCAGGUAUCGCCGACAGAAUGCAAAAAGAAAUCACCGCCUUGGCCCCAUCCACCAUCAAGAUCAAAAUCAUCGCCCCACCCGAACGUAAAUACUCCGUAUGGAUCGGUGGUUCCAUCUUGGCUUCAUUGUCCACUUUCCAACAAAUGUGGAUCUCCAAACAAGAAUACGACGAAUCAGGUCCCGGAAUCGUCCACCGCAAAUGUUUCUAAUUUAUUCAUCAUCGUCGAAUCGCGAUUUUUAUCACGCUGUAUUUAUUUUAUUAUCUUUAAAACUGCCGAAUGUAAAUUUUUAUUUUAAAUUGUACAUCUUCGAUUGACCAACAAAGGAAUUUAAACGUU